GAAACACGGAUUGCACUUCACAAGUUCCGCAUGAGAAUAAAAAAACAUCCAAUGCAGUCCUUCUUUACAGCCAAUGUCUGACAUCGAACAGUGGUUACCCGUAGGGCUGUGACUGGCAUGUGUUUAGCAGUGUUGGAGCCUAGUACAAGCCUGCACCUGCAGCAAGCAGUGAAACAGGUUCGGAACGGAAGGUAUGAGCAGGGUGUGGAUGUGCUGAAAGCUUGGUAGCUCACCUGUUUGUGUUGCUGAUGGAAAACAUCGAGGAGUCUUCGCCCCUCCGGAUCACCCCGACCGUCCGGGCGCUGAGCUCAGCACUGCGGGGGAAACGUGAGAAUGUCCCCGAUGGCAUCCGGGGAAACGGCGACAGGAUCUUCCCUGAGACAGAGAAGCUAUGGUUCAAGGAGAGCAGCGCUAAAAACCUGCGGAACAGAGACUUCUUGUCGCCGACCACGAUGCUCAACACGCUGUAUGCGGACGGGCAGGUCCCUCCAGUAGUGAUGUCCAGGGUCCUUUGCCUGCGUGGCAGUGGGGUUCUCCCUGUGGCUGGUGGGGAAGUAACGGGAGAGGGUUUGAGGGUGAGGGUGGACCGGGCCGCAGCCUUCAAAGCUGUGCUUGCAGAUGCAGCCACAGAGUACCUGAAGCCCUCGGGUCAGAGGCAAGGCUGUGUGGUGCUCAACUGCUAUGCACUGCACCCUAAACCCAACACACCCACUCCUGACACACUUACUCUGGGCCAGCUGAGGACUGUUCUGCUGGCUGACCACAUGGGAGCGCUGUUGAGAAGACAAGGAUUGGCAGUGUCUUACUGCCCCACGCUUCCCGAAGACAGCGACAUCAUCACCUUUCUCAGAGCCCUGGGCAUCGAUUGGCCGACAGCUCCAGCCAACUGGACCAAUGAGGAGCGGGAGGAGAAGAUUCAGGAGGCACUGGAGAACUCCCCAUACAAAGAGAGGGAAACAGAAAGAGGCAGGAGAACCAGUGGGGGAGGAGGAGGAGGAGGAGGAGGAGGAGGAGGAGGAGGAGGAGAGGCAGAGGAAGGGGAGAAUGAGGGAGGCCUCAGGGUUAACCUUAAACGCGUGUUUCAGGAGGAGGGGCUGCUGGGAUACGACCCCAGCAUCGGUACCUGCACAGUACACAGAGACAGUGUUUCCCACUUGGCGCAACUGGACCGAGCCACUGCCGACUGCACAGUAGCCAUGGCAACAGCGUUACAUGUGACUUCCUGUCAGGAUGAGUUCCGCCAGCAGCAGAUAGCAGUGCUAUGGAGAGCCAGUGGAGCGACACACACACAGAGACAUCUGGUGUGUGGGCCGGUGAAGACUCCUGGUUCUAACCUCACCGCUGCACAAUAUCUGCAGCUGAGAAGAGGUCAGAUGAAGGAGGCCUCCGAGAUGAAGUAUGGAGAUCAAGUAGAAGGUCAGACAUGGGAUGACAUCAUCAGGGUCAUGACCUCUGCCACUGUCAGAUUUGAGCUGCUGUCAACAGUCCACACCAGUCCUGUGACUCUGGACGUCCAGAGAGAAGGGGGCGUGUCCACCAAAGGGCCAAGAGGAGGAGUGUUUGUGAUGUAUAACUGCGCCAGAAUGCACACUCUGUUCGACAGCUAUGAGAGAGGAGUGGAGAAGGGUCUCUACCCAGAAAUCCCUGAAGCCUCCAAGCUGGACUUCUCUUCUCUGAAAGAAGAGGGCGAGUGGCUUCUGCUGUUCAAUUACCUAAUUACAUUCUCUGAGCUGCUGGACCAAUCAGGACAAGCGUUAGACUGUGAAGGGGGAGGAGCCAGAGUCAACAUUAAGACUGAACAGAUCUGUAAAUUUCUUGUGUCUCUCAGUAAAGACUUCAGCUCGUACUACAACAGAGUCCAUGUGCUGGGGGAGCCUCUGCCUCAUCUCUUCAACCAGAUGUUUUGUCGUCUGCAUCUGUUGAGAGCACUGAGAGAGCUUUACCACAGUGCUCUGGAAACCCUCAACCUCCCCCCCAUCAGGCAACUAUAGCCUGCACAUGAUUCAAUCUUCCUGGGAUCUCUGUUGACCCUACCUCUGCAUCUAGCUCAUUUAGACACACACUCACAUGUGUUUUGCAACUGUAGCUUCAUCACGUACACACUUCCUUUAGCGAUGAAAAUGUAUUCAACUAAGACAAUCCCUUAUUUUGGCAAAGUUACAACUCAGUCCGUGGCUGUUACAAUCGAGUAUUAAAAUGUCUUAAAAUGUCAUUACCCAUAAAUCAUUUGACGUGACUUUGUAACCUCUCAACUUUGUUCAGCUUGAAUUUCCUGGAAAAUGUGAGCUGUUUGUAUGUUGAAGUAUUAGUUUCGCAUUUGAGGCCAUGCUUUAUUUGUUACUGAGAAUUAGAGGAAGAUUAUUACCACUCACAGACCCAAUGUCUGUACAGUAAUUAUGAAGCUACAGCCGGUUAGCUUAGCUUGGCAUACGAACAGAAAGCAGAGGGACACACCAAGCCUGGCUCUGUCCACAGGCAACUAUCCGCAAUUUAAACCUUAUAUCUGUACAAAAUCAGAGUGUAAAAAAUAUGUGUUUGACGAUUUUAUGACUGGGUAUAUUGCAGGAAGUUGAUGGUCCCAGUCGAGAAACAAAUAACCCUAUAAAACUAUAAUUUGUUUUUUGUACAUUUUUGACAAGAAAAUCAAAAACGACAAUCAUGUUGUCACAGUGAAAAUGAUUUUCAGCCGCCCGUAUUCACUGUACAUAAGAGCGCUGUAUCAAUCUGAUCCUUUAACCCUCCGUAACAAGGCUGAAAAGUGAAUUUCCAAAAUGUGAAACAAUACAUUUAAAACAACGUACCACUUGCCAUUUGUAUUAAUUUCAAAUUCCAAUUAUAGCCUUAAUUUUAGAUUUUUUAAAAUGUAAUCAGUGUCAAAUGUUUUAAGAAGGUAAGUUGCUAACACACUAACAAUAUUAUACAUUUUAAACACCUCUACAAUUUAUAUUCCUGAGAAAAACAGUUUUAUUAAUCCUAUUAAAGAAAUACAGAAUAAAAGAUGUCCCAACUGUUAACGAUAAAAUUGUUAUUACAACGUCAGAAAGGGCAUUUUAAUAUAUUAUAAGUCAAGGAAAUAAUGACAUUACUGAGUGCUACACCCCUUUAAACUUUACAACUUGUUUAACUUUCUAAAUUUCCUCAAUAUUAUCACAGUCCAACACAUAUGGGUGUCUUACUCACUGCCUGAAAAGAGUUGUUUUGCUUUUAAUAAGCCUAAGGCCCCCUUCCAUGUAUGUUAUCCACCUUGUAUUUAUUGACACAAGAUUAUUUAUUGUCAUUUAGAAAAGAAUAGAACGGAACAUAUAUUCUGCACAUGAGUCUUACUUGCUGUGUUUAUAUGAUUAUUCAAAGCCCUCCUAUCCCCUUUUCCCUGCUUGACAAAUCACAAAUGUUUAGUAUCAACCAGAUGUAAUAGGUGUUCAUAAUUUAUUGACAAAGACCGUACAUAUAGGGCAUCGUGCCAUAACGUUAGGAAAUGCAUGAAAUGGCAUGAAAAUUAUAUAUAUGGAGAGUUUUAUGCCAAAAAUGUUAUUUAUACAUUUUUCUUAAUGACCAGAAGUUGAUCCUUGAAAAUGUGAAAUGUGUUGCUGUUAUCCACUGUUUGUUCAAAUGUGCCAUAACUUGUUUUAAAAGCUCUGCUACACAUUAUUUUGUAAGUUUUCUUUUUUAAUUAAUAUUUAAUGUUGGAACAAAAGAUACACAAGUCUAAAAUACCUUACUCCUCACUGCAUGAAAUGUUGUUUGACCUCUGAAAUUGUUGCUUGUCUCUGAAUGGUCUUUGGAGUUUUUGUUUUUUACAUUCUUUACUAAAGGGACUUUCAAUAUGCUGAUUUAUUUACAGUCACUGGCUUGUUGACCACAGCUGUAAUCACUACAGUAUUAAAGGAAAUAAUCAGAA